CAUUAAGCGGAGCAGACCAAAAUCCCAAACAAGGAAAUGGUGGGGGAAUAAAGCGAUCAGAUUAUUUAAUUAAUGCACGUAAUAAUUAAUAUUUUAUUUUAUCGUAAAAUUAAGAAAUAUUAAUGGGUCGCGAUGGACUACGACUUCAAAACGAAGCUCGCCGCCGAGAGGGAGAGAGUGGAAGAUCUGUUCGAAUAUGAAGGUUGCAAAGUGGGUCGCGGCACCUACGGGCAUGUUUAUAAAGCCAAGCGCAAAGACGGGAAGGAUGAGAAGGAAUACGCUCUAAAGCAGAUUGAAGGCACUGGGAUCUCUAUGUCGGCCUGCCGGGAGAUCGCGUUGCUGAGGGAGCUGAAGCACCCGAACGUCAUCGCCCUGCAGAAAGUGUUUCUGUCCCACAGCGACCGCAAAGUGUGGCUUCUCUUUGACUACGCCGAACACGACCUAUGGCACAUAAUAAAGUUCCACCGGGCGUCCAAGGCCAAUAAGAAACCGAUGCAGCUGCCCAGAGGCAUGGUCAAGUCACUGCUCUACCAGAUCCUGGACGGCAUCCAUUACCUCCACGCCAACUGGGUCCUGCACCGAGACCUGAAACCUGCCAAUAUCCUGGUGAUGGGGGAGGGCCCAGAACGAGGGAGGGUCAAAAUCGCGGAUAUGGGUUUUGCACGCCUCUUUAAUUCUCCUCUGAAGCCCUUGGCUGAUCUGGACCCAGUGGUGGUCACCUUCUGGUAUCGGGCCCCUGAACUGCUGCUGGGAGCGCGACACUACACCAAAGCAAUCGACAUUUGGGCGAUAGGCUGUAUCUUCGCGGAGCUGCUGACGUCAGAGCCGAUAUUUCACUGCCGUCAGGAGGACAUCAAAACCAGCAACCCCUUCCACCACGACCAGCUCGAUCGCAUCUUCAGCGUCAUGGGCUUCCCUGCAGAUAAAGACUGGGAGGACAUCCGGAAAAUGCCUGAAUAUCCAACCCUACAGAAAGACUUCAGGAGAACAACGUAUGCUAACAGCAGCCUCAUCAAGUACAUGGAAAAGCAUAAAGUAAAACCAGACAGCAAAGUCUUUCUGUUGCUCCAGAAACUUCUUACCAUGGAUCCCACCAAAAGAAUCACAUCUGAACAAGCACUGCAAGACCCCUAUUUCCUGGAGGAGCCCCUACCCACGUCCGAUGUCUUUGCAGGAUGUCAGAUCCCGUACCCUAAACGCGAGUUCCUCAACGAGGACGAACCUGAGGAGAAGACGGAGAAGAACCAGACGCAGCAGCACCAGCAGACGGCUGCGCAGACGCAGGCUCAGACGCAGACGCAAACGCAGCAGGCUCAGUCACAGCAAAGCUCCGCUCAGACAAAUGGCACGUCAGGGGCCGCAGGGGCCAACACAGGGCCCUCCAUCCAGCACGGCCAGGACCAGGGGCCUCCAAACAAGAAGCCCCGCAUCGGACCCUCAGGGGCCACCUCAGGAACAAAUGUCCUGCAGUCAGACUACCAGCACUCCAGCUCGCGCCUUGGCUACCAAAGCAACGUCCAGGGCUCCACCCAGUCGCAGAGCACUAUGGGAUAUUCAUCUUCAUCUCAGCAGAGCUCACAGUACUCUCAUCAGCCUCACCGCUACUGAGGCGCAGACGCACGUACAGAUUCACGAGCACAUGCACGCAGGUCUCGCUGCCAUUCCUCCUGCACUCAUUUAGCGAGGCCUGAUUAUGAGCCUUCCUCCUGUGACAUCAUCCCUCUCCCUCCUUAUCCUCAUUUCCUUUUUCUUUUCCAAGUCUUAAACCUUCAACCCAAGAUCUGCAGUACCAGUCAAAAGAAGCUGCUUGUGAAGAGUUUUAUUUAUUUUAGAAUGGAAGUGAAAACAUUUCAACUAUGAAUUUACAUAUGGAAUUGUAGAGUGACCAAAAAGUGUUAAUCUGUUUUAAUGUCCUUCAUAGUAUCCAGCCUUUGCCUUUGGCAGUUUGUCAAGCGGCCGCAUGAGGAGCCACCUGAGAUGCUUUUCCAACAGACUUGAUAAAGAUAAUUCGUUAAUUAUAAAAAAAAACCUCGACAAAACCUCGUAUCUCCAAAGUGGUAACUUCAGGGGAAAGAAAAACUUUCUUAUCUUUGGAAGAUUUUUUUUUUUCAAGUAUUUUUCAAGCAUUUCGAUUGCUCCUUUCAUAAUAAAUGGUUAACACUUUUGUAAAGGGCAGCUGGUGUUUUCAAAUUCUGUCAAAUUCUGUAGGAAAAUAUAAAAUGACAAAAAAAUGGAGAUACAAGGUUUUGUUUCUCAAGUGUCUCCAAACUUUUGACUGGUACCGUAUGUGCUGUAUCCUGCUAACCUCACCAAAACAAGCAGCAUCAACAGUAGCCAUAGCCCCCUGCACCACCCUCAUGGUCCUAGAGUGGUGGGAUAUUAAGCUCCGCCCCUCUAUUAGCUGCGUCCUCAGUGUCCACCAUCAGCGUCUGCUGGAGCAGUGCUCUCUGAUCCCUGUCCAGUUCUGUUUUCCAUGCUCCAACACACCUCCGCUCAUGAAGGCCUGGCCAAUCAGCUGGGUAGUGGGUUCAUGCUUUACCUUUUAAGAAUGUGAAUGGAAUUCAUUACAUUGUAAUGUGACUAAUUAUGCAAUUAUGUAAUUAUAUUAAUAGCAAUUGCAUAUAGUAUAGUAUAGUACGGGGCAAAGCCUUUGAUAAUGCAAAUUUCUGCUGGCGCCUCUAUGAGAAUUGCAAUUGCGUGUUAACGUUAAGGCUGUGUAUUCACUUUCCUUCUGGUUUUAAUGCUUCUUAUAAGCAGCUCUAUCUGCUUUUGAAAGCUGGAAAAUGGGGAAAAUGUUUAUUCCAUUAUGUAUUUGGGUAUGUUUGAGGUUUACAGCCUCAAACAUAGCAAGGCUGCACCAAUAUUGGCAGUCGUGUGUUCUGUUCGUAUUCAGCACUAAUUGAAAUGAGCUGUCUGGUUGUGAGUUAUCCACUCUGAUAUAUAGCCAAACAUGUUUACAGUCAUUCUAUAGCAAAGCAGAAGAACUGUUCUAAAUUAUCAUGGUGGAUGACCAGUUCUGAACCGGACGUAGUAGGAACAGAAGCUUGAACCCACACCAGCCAUUUUAUGGAUAAUGUUUGGGAAAUUUUGCACUAGUCCAUUGGCACUAAAACAUGAUUCUUAAUGUGUUUGUUUGUCCUGCUUUUUGGACAGGACUUUGUUAGUGAAAGCAGGUGAUGUUGGAGAAGCUACAGCUCCAGAUAGAACCGAGCACUGCUUCAGUAGAGCUUCUUUACACAAGCAAAUCCACAAAGUUAGCAUUAGCAUUAGCAUCUACACCCCCCCCUUCACUGCCCUUAAAGAGCUAGACUGGCAGAAGCUGAAGUCUACCGGUAGCACUGAGACCAGCACCCUCCAGAACUCUGCAACCCUCGGAGAUCCGGAGAUAGGAGGACUAAACUCUCUGAUCAGAAUCAACACCAGCCUGACCCACGGUCCAGCCAUGAGAACCCAGAAAUCUCAGUGUCCGGACAGAACAGGCCCUCGAGACCCUCGGUGUGGAACCGGCCUGCCAGCGGCAGCUCUAAUCCUGCAGUGACCAGCCACACCUGCAAUAUGGAGGCUAAAACACAUAGGAACCAAAUAGCCACCCCCUCUUCUUGUCUCUCUUUCUAUCUCUCUUUCUGUCUAUGUCAUUCAAAGGUUUCGGGACACCUAGGUGCUUUUAGCAUGGGUGAGAAUGCGGUUUGUUGGUUUGCAGUAAAAGCAGCACUUCAGUACCGAAAAUGAAACCUUCAAUCUAAAAGUAGGCCAAACUACUCAAGCGCUCUACCACCCGGAAGUAAAGCACAGCUAACAACACGACUUCAUGCAAUCUGUGUGAAAUUUCAGGCUAGAUUUCUACAAGAUCUUAUUGAAGACAUUCUUUUUUAUCCAAUCUAGCAUUUUCAGCCCAAUACCUGUAUGUGGUUUCGGGCCAGUGCUAGCUUUUUUUGCAAUAACUUAACAUAUUGAACUGGUAGAUGCUUCAGUCUUGCUCAUUUUCCUUUGCAAAACUUACAAAACAAUGAAGGAACAGCUGAUAAAAGCCCUACCACUGGGAAUAAAGCCAAAAUCUACCCUGUCCUAUGAUCAGCAGUCUUUGGGCCAAAAGAGGUUCUUUUUACAAAGAGGUGCUUUUAAUGUCAUUUUAAAACGCAACAUUUUUCUUCAUACUACCUGAAGCUGAGUCUCGAAGCAAAAUACCUAAAGGAUUGGAUCCUUUUUUAUAUGCUAACAAAAACUUUUCCUAACUUGUUUGAAAGUCAAAAUGGGCUGGUUUCAGUGGAAGGAAAGGUGUCCCCAAACCUUUGACUGUCUGUCUUUCGAUCUUUUUUCUGUCAGACUGGAGGUAAACCCGUGCAUGUCCGACAUGCGCAUUACAGAGAAGCACUUAGCAAGUGUAAUGACCGCCGGCUGGACUCUACCAGAGCGGGACGCAGCUGUUUUUUUUCUUCGAGCACGUGCAGAGCGCCUUUUGCAACUUUUCAACUACGGACUUCGGAGGCUUUGACCUUUUCUCAUUUUUUUUUUCUUCGCCCUUUUGUAAAUAUUGAAUUCUCAGAUGAGGACACCGCAGAGGAAACCCUUUACUUUUAUGAUUCAGACUCUGGACAUUCAUUUCAUCGACGACCGACAAUGACGAACAGCAAAUAUCAGCGUUUGUCAGAAAAUGAAGAAAAGAAAAAGACAAAAAAAAAGCAUUUUAUUGUUCGCCGAAGAGGAACAGCUUUUGGGCCGUGACGUUGAGAGUGUCGACCCUGUUUGUAUGUGAGUGAGCGACUGUGAGUGUGUGUGUGUGUGUGUGUUUGUUACCUUGUCUGGGGCAGCUAGCAGGUAAACUGCUCCAGUGACUGUUACCUCCUUAGUCUUGUUUGAUAUUUUAUAAGUUUGUUAUUUUUUUAUUGUUGCUUUUGAAGAACAUAUAUGUUUGUUUGUUCACUUUUUUUUUUUUUCAUUUCUUGCGGCUCACUGUGUGGACGCGCGGUAAUAGCAGAGUUUCACAAGCGCUGAAUCAAACUAGGGGGCCGAAUGGGCUCUGUAAUAUGGAAGAACUGUCAGCCGGUGGCCCUCUUGGGGCAGGGCAGCUUUGAAGAUGCAGUUUAACUUCAUUCCAGGCCCUGUUUUUCUCAUAACCAAAAUCUGCGGUAAGAAGAAGCAUGAAAUGGGAGGAUGGAAGU